AUGGACGUAGAUGGCCCACCUUUCUUGUACUAUUGGUAUCAAUUUGCGAAAGCUCAGCUACCAAUAUGCCAUAUCAACAUUCAUCUAUCUGGCCGGAAUAGCCUAGUCAGUCGGCAUACCCUCCAUGUCGGAGAGAGACGUCAGCUUGUACUGAUAAGCAACGCCAACACAUCUGAUGAGAACAAAUGCUGUGAACCAACAGUUGCUUGCAAAGUCUCAGCCAUACCAAGCUUUGAGCAAGAUAACAAACAAGUCCUGGCUAGGACCAGGAUGUCAGAAUGGGGGAUAGGAUGUCGAACAAAUGGAUUGUACUGGCCAUAUGCAAGUCGAUUCGAGAUCAAGGGAUUGCCACGUCAGAGCAGCCUAGGCCAUCAUUUCCGGAGCGCGGCAUCGCUCCCCACCCAAGGGGCGAAAUUCCGUGGUAUUCAGGAUGUCAGAGCUCAUGUGCAGGAGAGAUAUGCCGUCUGUCCCUUGGCUUGUAUGGAGGGUGAGCAAAGGGGGUAUAUGCGGAUGGAAUGCUUACGUCCAACUUCGUCGGCGUAUGGAAAUGAGCCUCGGCAGGCUCAACAGCAAGGAAUAUUAGUGGACCCAAAUGAGUUGCUCAGAAUACUAUCUUUGGCGGAUUCAUCUUCCCCCCUCAGCUGA